ACGUUGUCACGUCAAAAUAAAGAAUAGGCGUUGUAAGAGCUACAAAAAGACUACCCUAAAGUUCUCAUAACUUGUACUGGGGAUUUUCUUCAUUUUAUAUAGUCUGCAUACCCUGUGCAUACACUCCAUGCACGCCACUGUAUGCAAUAAGCUGGUAGAAGAUAUAAAAUAGAGAAAUUCUACUGAGGAUGAUGCUAUAAUCAACAGAAUUAACAACAUAAAGAAGCCGUGUACAUAACUAAUAUUGAAGCAUCAAAAACCACUCCACUUUAGAAUGGUUUCUCGAACAAACGGUUAGACUCUUCAUACCAUUUAGCAGUUGACAGUAAACUUUACCUCGAAAGUUCAAAGCGUUCAGCAUAAAAAGGGAAAGGUGAAAAAAAAAUUGUAAACAAGACACAAGGUCAAGUGGAAUUUGACCCUGAGAAUAAGCCUCCCCCGCACCCGCCUCCAGACCUUAAGAAGAGGUUCGUUGUGCACGCAGAAAAGGACACCUUCGACUUUGUAGCACACAGACAGAUCAAGAAACCUACAAAUACUCUAGAAUCUACUGGCCACCUCAUCAAAGGAUGUCUAGGAGGUGGUAUAAUGGGCAUACACGAAGCCUACAUGAAAAGUGGACUGUGGACGUCGCUGGUCUUCACAAUCAUCUUCGGAUUCUACAUCGCGUAUUGCGUACAUAUACUAGUAAAAUCAGCACAAACAUUGUACAGAAGGUUACACAUAACGGAACUGUCGUAUCCAGAUCUGGCAGAGGCUUCGUUGGAAGUGGGACCCUUCCCAAGUUUGAGGAAAUAUAGUCGAGGGUUCAGGUACGCCGUGGAUUUAGUAAUAUGCUUGGACCUAUUCGGCGCUUGCUGCGUGUACCAAAUAAUAAUCGCCAAGACGAUCAAAGAGGUGGUAGAAGACACACAUGAGGUUGGAGACUUGAAUAGGCUGCGGCUUUACGUGCUUACGCUGCUGGUGCCAGUGUUGCUGCUCUGCAUGAUAACCACGCUGAAGUACUUGGCGCCAUUCUCUUUAAUAGCUGAUGUAUUUAUUGUGACCUGCGUGAUAGCAACUGUAGUAUACGGCCUGCAAUCCGCACCAGCACUACACACGAUGCCUGCGUGGAAGGACGCUACCGGGUUCUUCGAGUUCUGCGGCAUAGUCAUCUUCAGUAUGGAGGGAAUCGGGGUGUCGUUGCCAAUAGAGAACAAUAUGAAAGACCCCACGCAGUUCCCCAAAGUUUUGAGUUAUGGUAUGAGUAUAGUAGUUUUAUUCCUAAUUCUGGUUGGAUUUUUCGGCUACUGGGGAUUUGGAGAGCAAUCAAUAUCGCCUGUAACACUGAACUUUCCUACAGCAAUAUUUCCAACAAUACUAAAAUGUUUGAUGGGCAUAAUGAUUUUCAUAACCUUUGCGCUGAACUUCUGGGCGCCGUUCAACCUAGUGUGGUAUUACAUGGCGAAGAAACACGACGCGAGCAAACAUUGGAUAUGGGAGCGUGUGUACAGAGCCGUCUUCGUGGUCAUUAUAACUGCGAUUGCUAUCGCUUUCCCUAAUAUCGGGAAUCUGAUGGGUUUGCUAGGAGCUUUCUGCCUGUCAAACAUGGGUUUUAUAUUCCCUGCGAUGAUAGAACUGCUGGUGAUCUGGGAGACUCCAGGCCUGGGCAAAUGGCGGUGGCGUUUGUGGAAGAAUAUCCUGGUGAUACUAGUGGGUAUAUUGCUGUUCAUAGCUGGUACUUACUCGAACGUCAAAGGGCUGAUAGUUAAUUUGUAAAUAAAUGUUAAAUAAUAGAUACUAUAGAAGUA